UCGCUAGGCUGUGGAGCAACUGGCUCUGUGUAUCUCGGUGCAGACUGCACGCCAACCGGCUGGAAACGGCAUCCCUCCAGCCUUCGGAAGGCAGACGGCAAGACAACAGGCUGGAAACAGCUUCCCUUCGGCUUAGGAGAGGCGCAGGAAGGUGUCUGGCUCUAGCUGACUGCUGGACGGAAGGAGAAGUCACCAAAAUGUGUAGUUAUCUGGAAUAAGGAGAGGGAGAUUGAAGAGCUGAGAUAACAGGGUAGGUUUUUUAUUAUUUUUUUCAGGGGGGGGAUGUUUCCAACUCCUUUCCUCUUGGACUGAUGUCGUGGCUUACAUCUGCAAUUAUCACAUCCAUGUAUCUAUGGACGAAGGUAUGCUGAUGGCUCUGCUUUACUAUUCCCACUACUGACUGGAUCGAUUCAGUGUUUUAUUCUUUUACUCCAAUAAAGGGACCAUUAUCCAAAUCAGCCUUACAUGCCUGAGGGGAACAGUUCCUUUGUUCACAUCUCCCAGGCACACUUCUUCCAUUUCCGGACAGAAGGACCACACUGCUCUCUGAUUCCUUCAAAAUAAGAUCCUGAUCAAGACUGAAACGCUUUUAUUUCCCAAUCAGGUUUCAAAUUCAAACUGUACGUGUCAGCUGAAACCGCCGAGGAUUGCAAAGGGAAGCUGCAUAUUUUGGCAGGAGCCACCCACCUGUGAACCGUCAGCAUGUCAAGCCCAACCAAAUCUGCCUCCGUCUCCUUCGCGGCCCACCAAACUCCCGAAGCCCAGAAGGAUGCCCCCCUCAGGGGCUUGGAGACCACCGCCCUCAGGACAACAUGGAAGGAGAGCACCCUGGCUUUCUUGAGGAGGACCAAGAUCCACGGGCUGAGGUUUGUGUUCACACUGGAGAAGUCCCGACCGCAGCGGGCUCUCUGGCUGCUGGCCUUCUGCAUGUGCGUGGCCAUGCUGGUCACCUGGUCGGGGAACCGCAUCUUCUACCUGUUGUCCUACCCCGCAGUCACCAAGAUCUACAUGGUGUGGGCCCACAACAUGUCCUUCCCCGCGGUCACCUUCUGCAACAAGAACGUGUUCCGCGUGUCGAGUCUGACCCAGGACGACCUGUACCACAGCGGCUACUGGAUGGACCUCAUGCACCCUAACCACACGGUCAUGGCGACCGGCCGGGCCAUCCUCCAGGAGGACCACAAGCAGGGCCUGCUGGGCCUGCUGGACUUCAGCGACUACAGUCCGCCCCCGGACUCUAACAUCAACACCACCGAGAUGAUGGGCAGGUUGGGGCACCAAUUGGAGCAUAUGCUGCUCGAGUGCAGGUUCCGCGGGGAGGUGUGCACCUACAGAAACUUCAGCACAAUUUACACACGCUACGGAAAGUGUUACACCUUCAACUCCGGUCUGGACGGGAACCCGCUGUUGACCACGCUGAAAGGAGGCACGGGGAACGGCCUGGAGAUCAUGCUGGACAUCCAGCAGGACGAGUACCUGCCCGUGUGGGGAGAAACAGACGAGACCUCGUACGAAGCGGGCAUCAAGGUCCAGAUCCACAGCCAGGACGAACCGCCCUUCAUCGACCAGCUGGGGUUUGGCGUUGCGCCUGGUUUUCAAACCUUUGUGUCAUGUCAACAGCAACUGCUGCAGUACCUGCCACCGCCUUGGGGCGACUGCAAGUCCACCCCCAUAGACUCCGAGUUCUUCUCCACGUACAGCAUCACGGCGUGCCGCAUCGACUGUGAGACGCGCUACCUGGUGGAGAACUGCAACUGCAGGAUGGUGCACAUGCCCGGUACCUCGACUGUUUGCACACCUGAGCAGUACAAAGACUGUGCUGACCCGGCGUUAGACUUUUUGGUAGAGAAAGACAACGAUUACUGUGUCUGUGAGACGCCCUGCAACAUGACGCGCUAUGGCAAGGAGCUCUCCAUGGUUAAGAUCCCCAGUAAGGCGUCCGCUAAGUAUCUGGCUAAGAAAUUCAACAAAACCGAGCAAUACAUCGGAGAAAACCUUUUAGUGCUGGACAUCUUCUUUGAAGCUCUGAACUAUGAGAAGAUCGAGCAGAAGAAAGCGUAUGAAAUCGCCGGACUUCUCGGUGACAUCGGAGGACAGAUGGGUCUGUUUAUUGGAGCCAGCGUCUUGACAAUACUGGAAAUAUUCGACUACUUAUACGAGGUGUUCAAGGAUAAGGUCCUUGGUUUCUUCAUCCGCAAGAAGCGACCACGGCGAUGCCAGAGCGAUAAUCUGAGCACCUGUGACACCCUCCGGAGUCACUCGGACAGUCUCGGAUUCACGCCGAACAUGUUACCUCGUCACCCGACUCUAGGGAACUUCGAGGAGUUUGCUUGUUGACCCGGUGAUGGAGUCGCAGACCGGGGCCAGAUGGGGGAGGGUGGGGUGGGGGGGACACUAUCGAGGAUCGGCUACAAACUGUGAAAUAAUUUAUGUAAAAGUAAAAAAGGGAAGAAAUCCAAAUGGGAGAAAACAUUGAGCGUAUACUCGACAGCGUGGUAGACCUUAUCAAUGCCUGAAUAGAAAUAGAAUACUAUCAUCAGUUACAAAAAAAAUAAACACCAAAAAAUAUAUACCCUUCCAAAACACAAACUCAGGUUUAACUGCCAUGCCGAGGGCGUCCACCUUUUAUUUCAUAUCGUUUAAGACGUUCAUGGUGUUCAUCCGUGGUGUAGUUCACUCGCUCGCUUCUGUCCAUCCAUGCUUUCUCUUGGUUGAGGGUUUUUCUUCUGAUCCAAAAGGUAUUUCUGACCGAGUUAAGCGAUUGUUUAUGGGAAGGAUUAUGACCAGAGGUAAUAUAAUAAAAUGUAUAAUUACAUUGCACCACGUGCUUUGAGAAAUCUGUGGCCUAUGAAUCCAAGGAAUAGAUGUGGACUGGCAGGAGUGGCAUACAUUCAAAGUAUGAACAGUGAUGCCCCCUCUCUCCCCCCUUGUAAUCUGAUGAGGCAGGUUGAGUGACUUGUUAUCCCUUUGACCUCUCACCUAGUUAAAGUCACAGAAGACGGGUGUCUGACGUUUUGAGGGGUCGAUGGCUCAUUAUCAGGAUAACAACACGGUCUUCACUCGUGACCCCGAGUCAAAACACACAUCCAUAGCUUAUCCCGCUGCUGUUUGUCACUAUGCCUUUGUUAUUGCUAAGCUUUCGUCUCUUCGAGUGGAAGAAUGUACACACACAGACACCUAGACCUCUUGAACGUAGCCUGAAAGCGUCGACUGACGAGGGUUGACAACAAUAUGAGUCGCUAUGGAUUGAACAUUGGUUGGGCAACAUUGGAUGUGGUGAGAGUGUUUUAAUGGAUGUCUGUUUGAACUGUGUUUCUCACCAAGGUUCACAGAGGGGAAGUGAGUCAGACGAGAAACGAUUGUAUCUUAGUAUGACAUGGCUUAUAUUUAACCUUUACAUUAUAAUUUUCAAGUUGUAGAAUAGUGUUGCUAUAAACGACAUAAUGACUGUCAUGAGAAAAAUGCAUCCAUUUAGUCCGCUGUCAACCUUGGCCCUGGUUUCCGUUCGAUGAUUCAGUUUAGAAGAUCAACCACUAGAAUUUUCUUGUGACAUUCUGCAUUAUUCCUCAUUUGUCCUUACCGAUGGCAAAAUAAGUUCAUAAAUCAGCACAAGCCCCAGUGAUAGUAAUCUAUUCUCUAUUAUAAAUUCAUGGAGAACAGACCGUCUGUAGAUAACAUUCCUUACCGUCACAUGAAUUAUGUACAUACCCACAGAAAUGCCAUACGAAAUUCUAGACUCCCCACGGGGUCAACGUUUUGUUCCAGGGGUUCUUCGCCCUCCCCUCUGAUCUCGUACCAGAAGGCCAGUCCGUUCACCAGGCGCCACCUAAACCUAAUCCCGUCCACGUAUAGCCCUUGAAUGUGUUUAUAUCCGAGUGGACCCCGAGUGUCUUCCACUCUCCAGUGACUUAGGCCUACGCGACCGACACUUGAAUAGAAUUUGUAGAGACAAAGAUGUAAAAGGAAAACAAAAAAACAACAGCCCUGACUAUCCUAUCUUAAAUCAAUUUUUAAACAGAGCGACAUUGUAAUAUUGCAUCAUUGUAUCCUAUUGUUAUUCCGAUAUCAUGUAUUGAAACCGCAAAAGAAAAACGACAAAUUGUGAUGUAUAAACCAUCGAGUAUAAUAAACGAUACAUUUAACCAUCUCCCUCACGUUCCCACAACUUCUCUUCUUACACGUCUGUCCGUUUAUUUUCCCGCUUGUCUUCCAUGUUUGUUUCUUUUCCCCUCCCCGAAACCCAUGGCUCUGGACUUGUAACCACGCCAGUAACACCUCACACAUCUGAACUGUGAUCAUUUGUUGGAACUACAGUUCAGAGACAACAGACAGCCUAUGUUGUGUUCUUUGUUGUUGUUUUUUUACUUGGUGAGCUUACCGCCUUGCCAGUAGGGCGGGUGGUGUUAGAAACACCAGAGCUUUAUUACUCUGUUGUCUGCUUAUUUAGAUGACUGUUGUGAAGCACAAAACCUUGGGAAAUCAGCCAUUACUUUUUGGAGCCAAUGACAGGCAGGCCUUGUUACCACGACAACGCGCCUAUAGGCUUUAGUUUGGAGUGUCCAAUACACUACACGCGCACUUAAAGGUUAAUCAGGAAUACGAGAACAUACUUUGCGUCAGAUCAACAACAGAGUCCAGACCUAAUCCAAAGGAAAAUAAAAAUAUCGGUUUACUAUUCAGGGUUGUUUAAUUAAUGGGUGGUGUUGUGUGGUCAGCAAUAAAUUAAUUGAUUACGGUACUACUGUUAACAAAUCCAGUCGGCAUACAUCCUACACUUGAGGAUUCCCAAAUUGCAUUCAUUCAUUCCUGUCCGGUAGCUGUUUAACGAACGUAGGCGAGAUGUCUACGGGUUUUGACAUGUGUAUAUUAAAGUUCUAUAUAUUACGAUGAUCUUACAUAUUAACUGGUUAAGAAUACAAAAAAAUAUUACUAAAAGGUAUUGCCCCAAAUUAAAUGUGACAUUGUGAUGCUAUACGAUAUCAUUGCAGUCAGUUUCUAUGUCAUAUGUCGUCCCAUUUCAUCAGCGUAAGAAUGGUUCAUAAAAAAACCUUGUCUAUUGGGAUGAUAGACAACCAACUGUGAACAUAGGGUAAACAUGGGGUUAACAUUGUUAACACGGUGGCCGUGGGUCCCUUCCCCCUCGUAUCCCUGCCUUACUACCGGUCAUACAAACUAUGUAUCCCAGCUAGCAGCUAACUUAGGGCUUGAAAUAUUUGUGCUAUUUUUUUUCCAAGUAGUUAUACAAUUUCAACGUGCAUUUAUGAAACCAUAGAUGAACAGCAUUUCAUAUCAAUAUAUAUAUCUAUAUAUAUAGCCUUUUAGAUUUGAAUUAUUGAAUUAUCAAAGAGCUUGAUCCAUCAGACUCUGCAGCACAUUAUGUCAUUUUCCUUCUUGCAUGACCAUUGUGUAUUACCAAUAUCUACCUACUGUAUUAUCAGACCUGUUGAAACAUUUAUUUUUUUGUAUUGUUUCCAAAUGUCAUUUUGAGCCAGAUGAAACAACGUGUUAAUGCAGCCAUUCCCUCUGUGCUAUGAAAAGUAUAUUAGACCUUUGGAAAAAUAGCAGCACCGACAACCUCGAGGAAGGCUUGGGAUUGUGCAAUAUUUAAUUCAGUGUGGGCGCGAUGAGUGACUUAUGUUCCUGACAUUUUGAAUGGAGAGCGAGAGAAAAAGAAAAGAAAAUACCUUAAGUGGCUUGAGGUGAAGAGUGGUAUUUACAGGUAUUCUGUUUUGUAUAUUUUAUGAUUGCAUGCACAAACAAUUUGGGGAAUCGGGCUUGCUUCAUCUGGCUCUACGUACUGUACAUUACAGUAUAUUGUAGAUUUGUGAUUUAACACUGACGUGGACAUUAAAUAGCUCCUACCCUCUUAAAUGUGUGUAAUGUCUUCAAGUUUCGUAUACACAGCUUGGUUAUGCGUUUUGCAUCCAUGACAAACAAGAUUACUUUUAGUGUGCAUUUAUGUGUGAUCAAAGAAGAAGACGAGGAACAGAGCGGUUAUACCGUCACAGCUCCAGCCAUCUAUUCUUAGUUCAAUAAAUCAGUGGGUUUUGUUUAUUUCCACUUUAUUAAAAAGUGAAUCAUAGUGGUUUAAAAAAAAUAAAAUAAAAAAAAUACAAAACCACUGAUGGCGUAUGUUUAAUGGUACAUUAGCUACGUUGUGAGUAGGAAAAAGGACACAAGAAGGUGCAAACUUGAAUGUUCAAAAUCCAAUGACAUUGUGGAAUAUCUCUAGAGCGGUUUGUCUCCCACUAGUAGUGGAAUAUAGCCUGGCAGCACUAAAGCAUGAUGAAAGCAAAUUGCACUACAGUUUUAUAAUAAAAUCCUAACGUUUUUCACACACACACGCACACACACACACACACACACACACACA